AUGGUUCAGCCGCUCUCUCCAACCGCUGGUUCUACAGAUCCACCAGUAUCACCGCCUCCGCACGUCAAUGGGGCCUCUCGAACCUCGUCCGUAGCCCCCUCUGUAGCUCAAUCUGUAGCUCCCGAUGGCCGUGACUCCGAAAACCAAAGCGAAGCGGUAGGAUCGACGAAUAGGUCUACCGAGCCCAGCGACGUUUGGGAUGGUCGUGUGUCCAGCACUGGGGGGAGCUACGAAGCUAGGGCCGAGGGGGAAACAAAUGGAAUUGCAGAUAUAGUCACGGAUAUGGGCAAGAUGCCUGGGAUUCAUGAUAUUCUGGAGAUGCUGGGUGCUAUGCAGCGGAAGAUCCAACAGAUGGAAACCAAGAUGAACCAGCUGGUGCCAUCAUCUCUAGAACCACCAACACCGUCGCCAUCUCCUCCACUGGCCCAGAGCUCCAAGUCUGUGGAACCCAGUAUCAGCGACGGAGUGAGUGUCGAGGACACGAUUACUGCUUUCAGAGCUCGCGCAAGUUUGGUGGCUCGCGCCAAAAUUCUGCAUAUGGCGAAGAAGUUUCCUGAUUGGAAAGAUCGGGUCUUCGAACAGGCUAAAGCGGUGACCUGUCUACCAAUCCUGGAGAACAGAGAGGAAACUUGCCCGCCCGAUUCUCCCACUGACCAGAAGUUGUGGGAGGUUCAGAAUGAAUGGCUAUACGACUAUAUGAUCGAGUCGAUCGGCCCACAAUUCAAGGAGGAAAUCGAAGAGCCGCCAAAUCGGUCAGCCUACCUUCUCUGGAGGCAGAUAGAAUCUUAUUGCAGCUUAGUGAAUGAAGAUGACCGUCGAUAUCUCAUUCAGAAGCUCAUGACUAUCAACGCCAAGAACGACAUUGAGUAUAUCUCAACGUUCCACAGGUACUACUCCAGAAUAAGGAAAUUGGGCUUUACUAUACCAGAUUGGAUGGCCCAGGACUUACUUUGCCUACGGGUCUCUGAGCGGGCAAGGGAGAUGAUCCAAGCUGAAAUUGAUGCUGGUCGCAAUGCAAAAGACGGGCCAGUUACUCUGGAGACCGAUAAAUUGGUAGCGCGCAUUCUGAACCCGUCUUCAUCUCAGGAUGCUAGCGAGGAGCCUCAGCCUGAGUCAACCCCAUCCAUAAAUUCUUCUAUUGCCAAGGGGCCUCAUUCUGCCGGCUCAAAACCUAGCAGCAGCCAUGCCUCCGGCGCUCAAGUCGACACCGUGGAUGAAGACGGUAAAGUCAGUUGCGGAUAUUGUUCAAUGCUCCAUCAUACACAGGAUGGAUGCUUUUACAAGUACCCUGAGAGAACCAGCCCCGCAUGGCAGAAAGCACACAAGAGUGGCAUUGAAUUCUUUCAAAAGAAAGCUGAAUUCCGCGAGAAGCUGUACCAGAAAAAACAGCAACAUGCAGCACAGUCUGCUAAAAAGCUGCUUGUGGCACCAAAGCCGCAGCCUGAACUGAAACCGAAACAUGAACCCAAACCUGAGCCCAAACCCGAGCCCAAGUUUGAGCCGAAGCCUGAAGUUAAGCCUGAGGUUAAGCCUGAAUCCAAGCUUCAGCCCACACCGGAAGUCAAGCCUGAACCCAGGCCUGAGGUUAAGCCUGAAGUCAAGCCGGAGCCCACGCAACAAGCACAACCUGAAGUGCAACGUCAACCACAGGCAAAGAGCCAAGACGCUUACACGGAGAGGCUUUCAUGUAACUAUUGUGGUCAGAAGGGCCACGCACCUAGCGGCUGCUUCUUCCAAUUUCCCGAGACGGCAACGGCCGACUGGCGCCAAAAGAAUAAGCACCUCAUCGAGUUCCACGCCAGGAAAGACAAGCUGCGAAGAACUAAGUUGGAGCGUCUCAAGGCAAAGCAGCUACUAGAGCAGAGUAAAGCGGAAGCUCCUGCUGCCGAGAGCCCCCGUCCUACAUCUCCCGAAAACCUCUUGAUUUUGGAUCUGUGA